CUACAGGUGACCUAUAUAAAGUGUAGGUCUUUCACACACGUACGUGUCCUUAUGUACAUUAACCUGUAAAUGAAGACUUUUCCCUGGCCUCAUUCAAUUUAUUGAAAUGCUCAGAUGAGGAGCACCUGCAGUUUGCCCGUAUUUUCCCAAUAUGCCUUGUUUUCCUGCAACUAUUUCCAGGAAAAGCCAGACUUUCCUCCAUAAGCAGACCACUGUGUUCUAGCAGAGAUUUGCAUUGUAAAAGCUGAGUUUGCAAAGUUAAUUUCGAAUUGGUGGAUUUUUGUAUGGAAAUGCUUUGGGCUAGUUGACUUUACUAACCAGGACCUAUCUACUACUAAUCAGGAGAGGGUGGUGGUUUGUGGUUCUCUGGAUAGUGGGUAGCAGUAAGUAGAACAGAAGAGGGAUUUUAAAAUGAUCUGUUCAUUUUUCUCUUUACUAGUAAGAUUUCCAAUCUGUGUCAAUUAUUGAAGUGAAGUCAUUGGGAGGCUUUGUACCCACCUCGAGCCAGGGCCCUUACCAGGGAUUAGGGCACCGGCAGACUGGUGUGGAGGUGUAGUGCAGGCGUGCUUGAAGAGGGACAGGACCCAAGGAAGGGUGACAAUAAGAAGACAAAAACAUGAAAUAUUCGCAGCCCUCUUUAGAACAUCCUCCAUCUAGGCAAAAUCUAUUAGGAAUUUUAAGAGUCUUCAAUUAAACAUGACCGCUCAGUGUCCUGCUGAACAGGAGUUCAUUCUUCAGUCGAAGCUCUGUUGUCAGUAAAACUGCUCAGGAUAAGGCAGCCGUGUUUAGGCUGUGAGGACCUGCCCCUGCACUGUGGAGCUUGCUCCGUAAAAGGCGUCUUGAUACCCCCUCAGAUGGAUUUACAGAAAAGACUCAGCUGUUGGAAGUCUCUGGGAUUAUAUGGCGUCAUGAGGUAACAGAUCUGGUAAAUAGCUAGAACGUAGAGAGGAACGAAACCAGAGGCAGUGUGCUGUUGGAGCUGAGAGGACUGAAAACUGGAUAUUUGGUGCCCAUGGACUUUCUGGUCACCCUAUGAGGUGGACUUACUUUUUCUUGAGUCAUGUGGAAGGAAUCUGAAGUCACAGGUUUUUAAGACUCUCAGGCUUACUGUGGAUCUGGAUUCUAAGGCAACACUUCCUUGAAGAACAAGGUUACAGCUCUGCCUGGAUGGCCCUCGUCUUCCUGUACGGCACCUUGAAGCGGGGUCAGCCCAACCACAGGGUCCUGCGGGACAGCGCCCACGGCUCCGCAGCCUUUCGGGCGCGCGGCCGCACACUAGACCCCUACCCGCUGGUGAUCGCUGGGGAGCACAACAUCCCGUGGCUGCUGCACCUGCCUGGCUCGGGGCGCCGCGUGGAGGGUGAGGUCUACGCGGUAGAUGAGCGGAUGCUGCGCUUCCUGGACGACUUCGAGAGUUGCCCGGCCCUGUACCAGCGCACGGCCUUGCGGGUACAGCUGCUGGAGGAGGGGGCCCCGGGCGCGGAGGAGCCACCGGUGCCCAACACGGUGCAGUGCUUCGUGUACAGCAGGGCCACCUUCCCCCCGGAGUGGGCCCAGCUCCCGCACCACGACAGCUACGACUCCGAGGGGCCGCACGGGCUGCGCUACAACCCCCGGGAGAACAGAUAAAGGGGGGCAGGCAGGGUGGGCCUAUGCCUGAGAGCCCUGGGGCUCCAAGAUGUGCCCAGCCCAUGCUGGGUGAAGGCGGAAGCAGAACAGGGCCUUUUCCAACGAAUCAGCGGGAAAAGGAACCAAAGUUUCAGUGGCAGCUGAUUUUACAAGUAAUGUUGACACACAAAUAGCAAGGUAGUUCCCUCCCGUCUUUCCACCUGGUAAGAAAAAUUCAGAAUUUUAAUAUCCCUAAAUGACAUUUAGAGAACUCGUGUUAUGCCUAAUUCUUCUGCUCUUCUUCUUGUGUUUUUUGCUGUUUGCUCAGCUUUGAGCUCAAGAUAAUAUUUAGGAUCAAUGUAAAGACUUGGUGUUGCAGCUAGAUUUUAGCAGCCCUAUUAUACUGAUUCUGGCCUGUAGCCCCUGAGAAAGCUGAUUUUACACAGCUGGGUAGAUAUUUGUAAAGAAGGUCCACAGGGCAAGCAUGCUGUAUAUCAGAGUGCGUACAGCACCAUUCUUCAUAAUUUUCAGAUCAAGCUUCACAGCAGAUAUUAAAGAUUAUUUAAAUUUGAAGUUGAUGUUUUGGGAAAUCAAA